AUGAAAAUUGAUUCAAAAAUAUACCAAGAAGCCCACCGGUUGGCACUGAUGCCGCGCAUGAAAAUGUUAUUCUAUGGAAUUGUGUGCGGGGCCGUCGUCCCGACGAUGUAUCUCAGAUCCUAUUACCUUCCCCGGAUUCACAAGCAGGAGGCGAAAGAAGUCAGUUCUUUGGGCUCCAAAGUUAAACACCUGGAGGAGCGCACCGCAAAUAUUGAGAAUCCAUCUGCGAGUCCGUCUCAGGCUGCCAUCAAUCUAUUGAGAUCCAGUGAGGAUUUGGGCGCAUUGGCCGGAGUUGGUGACAUUCCAAUCGCCGCGUGGCACAUCCGCGGGCGCAAUAAAUAUGCCAACGACGAACGCUAUCGGAAACUAGUGGAGGAAGCAAAUGCUAUCAUGUUUUCCUCGAUUAUGUAG